GGGGUUCGGACUGGACGAUAGGUAGUCAAGUUAGGCUUGUCAGUCAGUCAAGGGGUGCGAAUGAGUACGAUUGAAGUGGUGGACUUUUCUAAGACAAUUUGUUGUUAUUAUCUCUGACCCGCAAGUUCUCCAUAGGAUUCCAUGGAUUUAACGGGGUGGUUUAAAUUUUUUUUAUAUAUUUUAUAUACAGUUUAUAUAUUUUAAUUAUAUUGUUAAUUGUUUGUUUAAAUUGUGAUAGCAUGUGAUUAAUUUAAAUCAUACCCACACAUGGAUAAGAUAAAUUCAAGUGAAAUAGUUUUGAUGUUAAUUGCAAGAGGAGUGCACGUGGAAAACGCAUGGGUUUUGAACGGGUGAAACAACGCGCGGGUUUCCCGCGAAGCCCUUGACACACUGGUACUUUUCUCGACAGCAACAUCAAGAAUCCAUGUGCUGAUAUUAUUUUAUUUAUAAAUUUAUUUCUAUUGUUAAAUUUAAGUCACCGUUUAUUUUUUUGUGAGUAUGAAGUAUUCAAAAAAAAAAAGUGUAUGAUAUCGGUAUGAAAACGAAACAAUGUAGUGUAGCUCAAUAGUGUGGUUAUUUAUAAAGUAUAAAAAAUAUAAAAAAUAAAAUAUAACGAAACCCCGGGAUCUUAGUGGGAUUGGAGUUGCUGUUACCGUUGCCGGGACAACGACAAGGGGCUGGACCACGCAUCCACCAGCUACAGCAGAAGGGAGGCUGAAUACAAAUUUAUACAAGAGUGUAGAGCUUUUGGUACAGGGGUGGUAGAAGAUUGAGAGGCGAGGGGGUACUUCCGGGGUAAUAAACGAUCCAGAAAUUUAACAGAGAUGGAGUUUCUGCAAAACCACCAUUCAGCAAACAGCUCGGAACCGAGUUACACACUUGGUACAGCUCUCGGAUUAUAUUCAUCUUCAGGAUCGGUUGGUAUCGAGGCGACUAUUCCGAGUGGUCUUUGUGCCAAUUCCUUGGGUGUUCUCGGUAGUGAGGAUACUUUGACUGAAGAUCAUCAUCAUCAUCAUCAUCAUGAAGACGCGACUGCCGCGGCUAUUGCACUAGGAACUCUGCAGGAGCUACAAGCCAGCCCGAGUGACGACAUAAACGACCAGACGCAUCACAUACAAAAUUCCGCCCAAGCUCAGGUUGUCGGGGAGUUUGGUGCUAAUUUUUGGGUCGACGACAUGGCUGGUUUUCCUUUGCCGCCUCUUGACUUAGACCCUUUACCCCCGGGAUUAUUCAGUCCCUGCUCGGCAACUUACAACUGGGGAUGUACGAGAUCAGAUUGCGUUCCGAGGCCGGGGAAUCCCAACGGCGAAGGUGUCGCGGACGUUCUUCUUUCCCUGAAACAUGCUGUUGUACAUCCCGGAAGUCCCACUAGUGGAUACUACAGCCCGCCUAAUACAAGUCAUCAUUAUUCCCAAGAUUACGGACAAAAUUUAGCACCACCUCCAGUUCCUCCGAGUCAUUAUGCUACCGGGCCUGCAAUGUCUGUUAAUGUCUCGAUGAACAUGACCAUGAAUAUGAACAUGCAUCCCGGGUACGAGCAGAGUUAUGCAUCCGCGUGGGGCGUGGAGCCGCUGCUGAGUCCCGCCCCUCAAUAUAACCCCGUGCCUGAGCCGCAGACGAGGGUGAACCAAGUACCGGCCAAUGGAAUCAUUGGAUCACACACCCCUCAUUCUCACCCUCAUGCGCGACUGCAACCGACAAACGAGCACGCGCUGUGCGUUGCCUCGGGAGCUGUAUCCAAUUCCAGCGAUGACAAUGGCAGACCGAAUUUAUGUAGAAUUUGUGGUAAAACUUAUGCGCGACCUAGUACUUUGAAGACACACCUGAGAACUCACUCCGGGGAAAAACCAUUUCGAUGUCAUGCCUGUUCAAAAGCAUUCAGUCAAGCGGCAAAUUUAACAGCCCAUGCCAGAACCCACUCUGGAGAAAAACCAUUUCGUUGUCCAGUUUGUGAUAGAAGAUUUUCCCAAAGUAGUUCAGUUACGACGCACAUGAGAACUCAUUCUGGUGAACGUCCUUACCGCUGUAGAUUUUGUAAGAAGGCGUUCUCGGAUAGCUCGACAUUGACGAAACAUCUGAGAAUUCAUUCCGGGGAGAAGCCGUACCAGUGUAAAUUGUGCUUACUAAGGUUCAGCCAGAGUGGAAAUCUCAACAGGCAUAUGAGGGUCCACGGUGGCUCUUUAACGUGACAUACCACAGACUGCUCGAUAUUUGGUAAACAUAAUAAUAAUAAUAAUAACAAUAACAUGAGUACAGAGUACGGUAGUCGGGUCCCUACUGUCAUCCGACUAGGAUCGAAUACACAACGAAAUAAAUAUUAAAUAAAAUUAAAUGAAAGAAAUUAAUCAACUCGCGUCAACGAAAUGAUAAACUAAAAUAACUAAUAAAUUGAUCUCAAUGUUGCUGCUGCUUCAACUGGCGUCUGGAGAAUGGAUUAGUCUUAAUCUUAAAUUUAUAAAAACUACAGUGAUCUAGUUAAUUAAAUUAUUGUGUAACUUAUUGUUAUAAUUUACAGUCAUGCUUAAUUAGCGGAAAAUAAAUUUUUAAAUAAUUUGUAAGAUAAAAAAAAAGUUGCGCUGGUCGAAGUAGGGGUCAAAAAAAGGAAACGGUAUCGGCUGCAGAAGCCCGCAACAUUCACCACAGCACCGUUGAUUAUUGUACAAAUAUUGUAUUUAUUAUAAUAGAUAUUAUUAAUUAUAAUUAAUAUUAAUGUUGCGGUUUUCACCACGUUCAUAUCUUGUCUUAUUUAUUUAUCAUUAUAUUAGAUUUUUAUUUAUUCCCCAUCGAUUUCCACUGCAAUUAUUUUCUUUUUCUCUGUGGCUCUCCUCGAGUCUCUCCCCCGUUUCUUUAAUUUGAAUUUGAAUUUAAAUUAUUUUUUUCAUUGCCACAUUCUUCGGAACAAAUACGUGUAUAUAUAU